GUACGUCACUACUUGUAAGAAAAAAAAGUUGGAAACGUUGACGUGCGUAUGGUCAUCGUACUGUAAUUCUCUAGAAUUUGUGUUUUUCAUUUCAAAGUUAGAAAUUUUGUUUCUUGAUUUGCUAAUCCUGGUAUUUGGUGUUAAAAUCUACAAUGGGUUUAACAAUAUCCAGCGUUUUUACUAAGCUUUUUGGCAAAAAACAAAUGCGUAUCCUUAUGGUUGGUCUCGACGCCGCUGGAAAAACUACAAUACUUUAUAAGCUUAAACUGGGAGAGAUUGUGACCACAAUACCGACUAUUGGUUUCAACGUGGAAACAGUGGAGUACAAAAACAUUAGUUUUACUGUAUGGGACGUCGGCGGUCAAGACAAAAUCAGGCCGCUGUGGCGCCAUUACUACCAGAACACUCAGGGAUUGAUCUUCGUGGUAGACUCCAGCGAUACAAAGAGAAUAGCUGAAGCCGAAAAUGAACUGGCUAAUAUGCUAAAAGAAGAUGAGUUAAGAGAUGCUGUUAUCCUUGUGUUCGCCAAUAAACAAGAUAUGCCCAAUGCUAUGACCGCAGCUGAACUUACAAAUGCACUGAAUCUAAACAAUUUGAGAAAUCGCCGGUGGUACAUCCAGGCUACAUGUGCAACACAGGGACAGGGUCUAUACGAGGGGCUAGACUGGCUCUCCAACGAGCUAGCCAAGAAGUGAGAACUUUUCACGGUAACGGUCACUGGGAACAAUCUACAAACAUUCCCGUAACGACUGACAACUUUCUACUUGUGAACGUUUGUCAUCCUACAAAUACCUAAAAGACUAUGAAAAUUUCUAUGUAAUUAUACAAAUAAUGUCUUUUUAAUAUUACUAGGCUGCCGGCUUUUUUCACAAUUUUUUGCUGAAGCAAGUUAUUUAGAAUUAUCUAGCCAUAUAAAUGAUAUUGUGAAAAUGGCCCCAUAUAGUUAUUUAAUGGUCUAUUUAUCAUUCAAAGUAUAGUUUGAUUGGUUUCUUACAUUAUAUAUUGAGUAGACUUCACAUUGUUAUGUUUGGUGAUGUGGAAGUAUUAAUGAGAACUUGUUGAUCAUAUUCUCAUCAUUUGGGUAUUGCAUCAUAAACACCUAUAGUGUUUAUAUUGUUAUAACUUGAUAAUAUUCGUGUAUAUGCCUCUUCAUAUUCUUGUGUGGUAACAAACUUUCAAGGUGUCAAAUAAUUAUAUGUAU